AUGCAAAAAGUGAUAGUCGCACCCACACUUUUACAUAGCAACAUAACUCUGUUGGAGAACAUUGUAACACUUGAGAAGGCCUUUUUUGUUUGUUUAUGCUUACUUCAAGAGCUUGUGUUUGACACGCAAUGUGACAAAAGACCACAGGUUAUUCUGGUAAAAAUCACCAGAUUUAUAGAAUACGUGCGAUUUGAUGCUGCUUUGUUUAUUAUUGAUGCAUCACCCAUUUUUUUGCAAGUGGCUUUUCGUCGGCCUUCUCCAAAUUAUCAAAAAGCCAUUUGGGUGCAUAUAUUUAUUUGUAUAUGUUUGGAGCAGCAUUAUCUAGCAAAGUACUCUCUUCAUGCUAAUUUACUGCAAUACGGAAUCAUUGUCUUCUCGCAAUUUGCUGUCUACCUAUCGGUGCAUCUCCCAAAGAUUAGAAUGAGCAAAUACCAAGCUUCGUAUAGCUUUCUACUUUAUGGGUAG